AUGGCAGAUUCUGCAGCUGAAGAUGACAACCGCUCGCAGAAGCGCAGCCAUGCAGAGUAUGCUGAAGAUGGCUCAGACUCCUCAUCGGAUGAUGACAUGGGACCGCAGCUUCCCACCGAGGCCCCGAAGAAGAAACGCCGCGUCUUGCCUUACGAAAAGCUAUACAUCUCUGCGCUGCCAAAGUCUGCUCGAUACUCAAAGUCGCUGAUGCACAAGGAGCAGGUGCUCUUUACUACAUGGACCCCCCUGACCGAGUUCCUCAUAACAUCGUCUGCUGAUGGCGUGGUUAAAUUCUGGAAGAAGAUUGGACAGGGCAUCGAGUUUGUCAAGCAAUUCAAGGCGCACAAUGGCACCAUCACGUCCGUCUCGGUGAGUCGUGACGGACGAAGCUUUGCGACAGCUGGCGACGACGAAACCAUCAAGAUUUUUGACGUCUUCACCUUUGACUUGCUUUCCAUGAUCAACUUGAAGUAUGUGCCCAAGUGCGUCUGCUGGGUUCACAAAAAGGGGGCGUCAUAUCCUCUGUUGGCCGUGUCGGAGGAGACCAAGCCAUUGAUACACAUUUACGAUGGUCGAGGCGAACAGGAAGAUGCGAUCCACACGAUAAAGGGUCUGCACAGGAGCCCAGUUCAUCUAAUGGCAUUUAAUGACGAAUACGAUUGCGUUGUUUCGGCAGAUGAGAACGGCAUGGUCGAAUAUUGGCAGCCUAGCGGAAACUACGAAAAGCCAAGCAAUGUCUUCGAAUACAAAAGUUCGACGAACCUGUUUGACUUCAAGAAGGCUAAAUCUGUGCCGACCUGUCUUACGAUAUCCCCUAACGGGAAGAACCUAGCUGCAUUUUCAUUGCCAGAUCGGAAAAUACGCAUCUUUGACUUUGCGACAGCCAAACUGCAUAAAACCUACGACGAAUCACUGCAAGUGGCUGAGGAUAUGCAACGAGCGGGCACAGCGGCACAGAAACUGGAUAAUGUGGAGUUUGGUAGACGAUUGGCUCAGGAGCGAGAGAUUGAGUCCCAGACUUUGAGAAAUAGAUCAAACAUCAUCUUUGACGAGUCGGGAAACUUCAUCCUUUACGGUUCAAUGGUGGGGAUCAAAGUCCUCAACACUUAUACGAAUCAGGUCGUCAAGGUCUACGGCAAAGAUGAAAACUUUCGCGCCGUGAAUCUGGGCAUGUACCAGGGGCAGCCUCAGAAGAAGGGUAUCGUGUCAGUCGAGAUGGGCGCUUCGAGCAACCCUCUUUUGCAGGAAUCAGAAGCUCGCGAUCCGAUUCUGGUCGCCACAGGCGUGGGCAAAGUCCGAUUCUACAUGUUUACGAAUGAGGAGGAGAUCUCCAAAUCCACGCGAGACGUACAAAACGAGAAGCCUACCGUGCUGGGUGGUAAGGAUAAAGCGCAAGCUGCCAAGAAGGCCGAGACUGGCAAUGCCGCGAUUAUACACACUACAUACGGUGAUGUUCAUAUCCGCCUCUUCCCUGACGCCGCGCCCAAGGCGGUAGAGAAUUUUGUCACACACGCAAAGCGAGGCUACUACAACAACACGAUAUUCCAUCGUGUGAUUCGAAAGUUCAUGAUCCAAGGUGGUGACCCCCUCGGCGAUGGCACUGGCGGCGAGAGUAUCUGGGGGCGUGACUUUGAGGAUGAGUUUAGCAGCUUGAAGCACGACAAGCCUUACACAGUGAGCAUGGCGAACGCAGGCCCUAAUACGAAUGCUAGCCAGUUUUUCAUUACCACGGAGAAGACGCCCUGGUUGGAUGGGAAGCACACCAUUUUCGGACGUGCAACGCAGGGUUUGGAUGUGAUUCACAAGAUUGAGAAUACCAGGACGCACAAGGAGAAGCCGGAGGAGGAUAUCAAGAUUCUCAACAUUGAUGUCAUGUAA